AUGAACUUGCACAAAACGUUGUACAAUUCAGAAGGUGAUCAUUAUUCUCAAUUAAGCAUUCAGAAAUACAUUACUACCAUGUCGCAAAGGUCGCCUACAAGGAGCCAGUACACGUAUCUGUUGAUCUCAUUUGCGAGCGGGAUCUUGCUCUCAUGGUUCGCCAGAUCGCAUGGCAGCGGGGGCAGUCCUGCAGCAGGAGAGUACGGAAUUACCGCAGCUGGUGUUACCAGUGCACUUGUCGGGUUUGAUAACUUUAGCACGUGUCUAAAGAGCACGAGCUUGCCAAUGCAGUUCUGCUACGAUGGGUUUGCAUCUGCAGCGUCACUUGAUGCGCAGCUACGGUUUGGAAAGGAUGGCGGCGACCGCUACCAGCAAUGUUUAGCCAAUGUGGGAUACAUGAUCGGGUCACAGGAGGGAGUCACUAAGGAGCAGUUGUUGGCGGGUGUCCAACGUUGUGGAGCUGUCAUGCAGUUCGGCAGCAAGAUAGGUGUAGUAAAGCCUCAGUUCCUUUUGAGCAGGCUUAUUGCAAAGUUAUACGAUAUGCUAAAGUUUGUGGUUGUAUUGGGUAUACUUACCUUCCAAGUGUACUUGUUCAGCGGCACACUUUUCAGGCGCAGACGUUCGACAGAUUUCGAGCCACUUGAUUCGCCUGGGAUCAGCGAGACGCCAUCGAAGGUGAACAGCGCAACACUAACUAGAGAGAAGAAGCCCACAGAGCUUCCAAAGAACCGCAAGUCAUUGUACAAGUCUGACGCAAACGGCCGACCAAAGGCCCCCUCUGCAGAGCCUGAAAAUGCAUCGCCAGAGGAGCCCUCGACGAACAUUGCAAAGCAAGUGAUAUCUUCAGAGCCUACUGCACAAGUAGCAAACAAGAGUAGCCAACCUGUCGUGCAAGCCAAAAAUAGGGUCAUAAUCAAUUGCAAGGAAAAAGGUCUUGUGUUUGAUAUGACGACUAAAGAAGGUGUCCAAAAAUGGCGUGAUUAUGUCAAUCGCGGAAAAUCGCAUGCUUCACCGGCGCCAGAGAAAGCGACUGCGCCUACGCAAGUGUGCUUGACACCAUUGCAGACACAGCCAGUUGAUUUUAGUCGUAUAUCCCUUUAUGAUCACAAUGGGAAAGCUUUCCGUAGAAUCUUUGUUCCAGGACUUGGGUGGAUCACGCGGGAUAGGUGCAUUCAGCUAAUGCAAGAGCAAGGAUACAAGGAAAACCACGUCCGGGGGUUGGACUAUUGA